AUGGCAUAUUUUGCUUUCCGAGAAAAUUGGUACCUCCAGAAUCUGCUGCCUUUCAGUCACCAAGUAAAACAAUCGGUCGAGGCUGUGAGCGCCGCUUUCAAUCGUCAAGAAACGGCUGAGAAGAUAUCCAAUGGUAUCAUGUGCGCUACCUUCAUUGCUAAAAAGAAAGUAAGCAAUCGUGAUGAGAAGAAUGACGGUUAUGACUCUUCGUCGUUAUGGUAUAUCAUCAAUCUCAUAUUCAAGUUACCAACACUUUUUUCAAGAGAUACCCAAAUUAAACAAGGAACAACGACUUCAAAAGUACGGAACCAAUCUGAAGAAUUCCAAAGAACACCAGGAAGAUUCACUGUGAUGAAGGUUAUCAGCCAUUGA